AUGAAUACCGAUGAAAAUUGUCAAAAUUACACUGAAAAAAAGUACAUAAGAUUUAAAGAUCUUAGAUCAGUAAAACAACCUGACAUACAUGGUGAUAAAGUUCAAGAUCUAAAGGAUCAGUUAAAUGAUGGAAAACAUCAACAAAAAAAACAAGGUGUGUCUCUUAUGCAAUUUUUGCGAACCGAGUUAACAAGAGGUUAUCAAUUAGAAAAUGACGAAGAAAGGUUUUCUGCAAGAAGAGAGAAGAUUUACUCUUUUAUGAAAAUUCCAAGAGAAGUUGAAAAAUUUAUGAUAUAUGGAUUUUUGCAAUGUGUAGACUCUUUUCUGUUUGUUUAUACAUUUUUACCAUUAAGAUUUAUGAUGGCACUAUGGACAGUAGUAACAAGACCUCUUCGGUACUGUUUAGGGAAGGACAAGAAUAAUUUAAAAGUUGGGGAACAGCAUCUAAGACCAGCAGAGAUCUGCGACCUUUUGAAAGGAAUCGUGGUGAUCAGCUGUUGGGCAGUCACAUGGAAAGUCGACACCUCUAUGAUGUACCAUUUGGUGAAAAGUCAAUCAGUAAUAAAAUUAUACAUAUUUUAUAAUAUGCUGGAGGUUGGGGAUAGAUUGUUCAGCUCUUUUGGUCAAGAUACAAUAGAUGCCCUUCUGUGGACAGCCACGGAACCUAGGUCGAAGAGGAAAACUCGUUCUCAGCAUUUGGGUACUAUACCCCAUUUGAUGUUCGCUGGUACCUAUGUUCUACUUCACAGUAUAUUAGUACUUUUCCAAGCAACGACUUUGAACGUAGCGAUAAACAGCAGUAACAAGGCAUUGCUUACUAUAAUGAUGUCCAAUAACUUUGUAGAAUUGAAAGGUUCCGUAUUUAAGAAAUUUGACAAAAAUAAUCUAUUUCAACUGUCUUGCGCGGAUGUAAGGGAACGUUUUCAUUUAAUAAUGCUUCUUUUUGCUGUAAAUCUUCAAACAAUGAAAGAAUACGCAUGGAAAACGGAACGCCUUGCAGACCUUUUACCAGACUGUAUAAUGCUGCUCUUAGCAGAAGUUCUUGUAGAUUGGGUAAAGCACGCCUUUAUAACUCGUUUCAAUGAACUUCGUUCAACAGUGUAUAGGGAUUAUACUAUAAGUUUAGCUUACGACAUGGCUCAAACUCGUCAGGAGAACGCUUUUUCCGAUCCGUCGGACUUGGUUGCCCGUAGAAUGGGCUUCAUUCCUCUUCCGCUAGGCGUCGCGAUUGGAAGAGUGUUUUGCACGACUGUCACGCCAUCUGCGAAGCCAGCCAAUAUAAUUUUGUUCCUUUUAGCGUACCUCAUUUUAAUAGCGUUAAGGAUCUUGAAUAGUGUGGUGAUUCUCGGCAAGGCGUGUGAUUUGAUUUUGUCACAUUCCAAGGAACCCAGCGAUUCAACGACGUCCCGGAAACAUUCUUCGACUAGCAGCGAUAUAAAGAAUUCGAAUUUAGCCACAGCAAUGUUUUCCAAUAGCGCGGUUAGCCUGAAUAACGUUUGCUUGAACGACGCUGUGUUGAAGGAAGAAGUAAAUGAUGAAAAAGAUAACACAGGAAACGUUCAGUAGAGGCAAAUUUUUCGUUUUAUUUUUAUUAAUGUAUAUGUAUAUAAGUAGUACAUUUUUUAAAUUGUGGCAACUAUGUGUUAGAAAAUUUCCGAAAGCACGUAACAUGACUUUUUACAGUCAGAAGGGUGGUAGGAUUGUGCAGGAGUUGAUCCUAUGUGCAAAGGUAAAUUGAAAAUAUAGGAUACAAUUUAUGUAUACAUACUGUGUACACUGU